CAUAGCGGAAUGGAAUAAGAUUCGAUUUAUAACAGCAAUUUGCAUCUUGUGAGUGACCAAUGGAGAAUCUUGAAAGAUUUCGUGACUUGGACUCGCCCUGGUCAUGGGUGGUUCUGGUUGCCAGUUUCGUUUCGCUGUUUGUGGUAGGCGGGACAAACUACAGCGUUGGGCUCGUCCAUAACGUCUUAUUGGACCGCUACAACGGGACGCAGUCGAGCACGGCGCUGGUGGGGGCCGUUUACACGUCCAUAUCCAAUGUUGCAGCCCCGUUGUCAAGUUUCCUUACAGACAGGUUCGGUGUCCGGCCUACGAUCAUGCUGAGCGGCCUCCUCUAUACGUCCGGUUACUUGGGAGCCGCCUUCGCUCCGACCUUGGCGACUGCAGCAGUUACGUGCGGUGUCAUAGCUGGAUUUGGAUGUGCAAUUUGCUGGACGUCCAGUAUGGUGGCAUGUAACUUCCACUUCCGGAAAUACCGUAACUUGGCCCUUGGACUCGCCAUUUCCGGCAGUGGCGCCGGCGUGUUUGGAGUACCUCCCAUUAUAACAUGGGCUAAAGGAUUUUACGGUUCAUUUGGAUUUUUUGUGACGUUGGCGUGUAUAACAGCUCAAUUAAUCGUGUGUGGAUUUGUCAUCCGUCCGUCACACCUUGAAAUCUAUGCAAAGCGGAAACGCUCGUUGGAAAGUAAGAAAGGUGAACAUGUUAAUUUACUUAGAUUGUAUUUCAACGUUUUGAAGUCAAAAGUAGUUAUGUGCAUGAGUUUAAGUAUGUUGACUUACUGCGCAGGCAUGUAUAUUGUGUUCCUAUACUUGCCAAGAUACUGUACCAUCCAAGGGUCAACCGAGUUCCAAGCCUCCAAUAUAGUUUCCAUCUGCGGCCUCACUUCAUUGUUGGGACGGAUACUUACUGGAGCGAUCGCCAACACGAAAUUCUUCCAACCACGUGUGUCUUAUCUUUAUGCGGGAAGCCUCGUCCUGCUGUCCGCUAUUUCGUGCGCAUUCCCACUGUAUUCCAGCCGUUAUCCGGGCCAGGUGGCGUUCGCGGUGGUGUUCGGGCUGUGUUUUGGCACGCCGUAUACAGUCAUCAAUGCCGUGAACCUUCAGCACAUGGGGGUGGAGAUAGUCACCGCGGCCCUCGGGGUCGAGUUUUGCUUCUGUGGGCUCGGAGGAUUGCUCGGACCAGUUGUGGCAGGCCUUUCUGGUGACGCGGGAGCAACGCUUGGUCAGGUGUUCCUUAUUGCUGGCAUAUUUAUCGGGGUAUCGUCAGUGUUUGGUUUCAUCCCGAACUUCAUAUCAACUCGUGUAGACGGCGGAGCAGACCUCACAACGUCUGAUAUUGAGCUUGAAGUUGAUGCAGACUCAAGGCAUAACACAAACAAACAGCACGAAGAACAACAGGAGAAUGAUCAGAAAGACACGCAUUCAGAGAAGAUAAAUAUGCUUGAAAACGCAACUUGAUGUCAUAUUGUCGGAUUGUCGGUAUUGCUGCGCGAAUUCUACACAGGGAAUUUAGCCAAUCCAUGAUAUGCCCCGCUCAUCCCCACCCCCAAAAAGUUC